AUGUCUCACGACCUCAACUCAAACUCCACGCCUGCCUGGGCCACUCCAAACUGGAGAGAUUCCAACCCGGAUGCAUCGAAAAGUCGCAGCAGUUCUUCGUACGAGUUGCCUAGAGAUAACGUGGGUUCAGAACAGCAGAAUAUCAAGGACGAGGAACUUGAAGAAUGGCAAGACAAUAGUGACGAUCUGCCAACAAUCCCAUCCUCCGGAAAUAGGCAAGGGUUCCACACCCAGAGAUCUACAAAGCAAGCUCGAGAACUUAUCCAUUCACGAAAGUUCAAUCAAACGCUUCAGAAAUCCCUCGAACGCGAGCAGCAACAGCGAGACAACCUCGAGCGAAGCAACCAUGAUCUCCAAGCAAAGCUUGCAGCCGCUGAGAAGCAGCUGCAAGAAGCCACAGAAACAAACUCCACUUUCGAGGCAAAACUUACUGCUGCCAAGGCAGAGAACGAGGAACUACGCAAUCUGUACCAAGAGGAAAUGAGAAAAAAGACAGCGAAAAUCGAAGAGCUUCAUGAGAAAGAGAAUGACUUGAAGCAAGACCUUUUUGAUGCCAACCUGGAGCUUGAGACAGUAAAACAGAACUCAAGAAAGAGCUUUUGAAAUUCCAUCUCGCGUCUGAGGACGAGAAGACUGAAUUGAAGAAGAAGCUAUUUGAAUCUGAUCUCGAACUUGAGAACGACAGAUUCUUCCAGGGAGAUUUCUUAAAUGAAGAACCGUCUGUUGAUUGUAAAUCCUUGCAAUCGAAGCUCAACCGUGCCAAUAGGACUAUCAAGGGUCUUCGGGAAAAGAUUGAGCUUUGGAGGCCAAUGGUAAUAAGCUGCUAUUUCAUUCGGCAUAGAUUCUUAAUGUCAAAAGAAGACCCACGGGAUCGUAACGUGCGAGAUUGUGGAAACAGAUCGGCACACGACGGUAACAUCAUUGUUGAUGCCAGCUUCUUUAAAGAUGAAUUCUUUCAUACCAAGGAACAUAGAGAAGCAUUCCAGAAAAAGUACGGUCGGGGUAUCUCGUUGUUCCUUGACCGCAAGCUCGAUUUUUCCGUUCUAAAAAAGCUGCGAGUCGUUUGCGGGAUAUUAAACCUACACGCAACAAUGGUCGAAUACGACUCCUUCGGUCCCCAUAGCUUGGACCUUGAAACUGACAGGGAAUUCUUGGUUUUGUACCAGGAGUUCAAAGACAAGUGGUUUAGGGGUUCUCGACGGUAUAAUUCAGAAACGCUGGCUAGUUUGGAAGAGACUCCGGAAGUUAUCAGCCUUCAUGAGCGAAUGAGAGUGAAGAUGAAGUCCAUUGCCAGACUAUCAACAGAGCGCCGCAGACCCCAAGGCCUGUACGAGCCGAGAAAACAAGGUCGAGACCAGAUGAAUGUGGCUAUAGAGAAGGAGGUUGAGACAGAUGAAUCUUGGGCCAAAGCUGGAGAUGGUGAAAACAUUGAGAGUGGUGGGACUACACAGAGCGGUAAGUCUAUGGAGAACAAUGAAGAUGUUGAGGGCACUGUAUGGAGUGUGUCUUGA